AUGGCAAAAUUUUUCUACUCUGUAGCUAUCAUCUACUCUGCUCUUCUUGUUCUCGGAGCUUCAGUUUCCGCUGCGCCAGUUCCAUUGGAACAACGAUCAGCGUUGAUUUUAGGGCGAGACUUCGGUAAUAACAACGGCAAUGAAAAUAUCGAUGACGGACAUGGAAACGGCACUAACGAUAGCAACACUGGAAACGGUAUCGAUGACAGCUCCCCGAAAAAGACGAACGGAACAAAUAACGGAAAAGGAAAUAAAGGUUCCCACAAUGGCGAGAACAAUGGAAUUGACAAUAUCGACGGAAGUACUUUUAAUCCAUUUGAUCCAUUACCAGACAUGCCAACAAUAAAACCAGGAGGCCAGAAAUGUGACCAGGUGGUUGGCCAGAAGGGCGACAAUAAUGGCAGCAAGACAUCUGGCAAGAGAGGUGAUAAGAAAUCUGGAUGUAGCAAAGAAGGAUCAUCUAGCUCUUCAAAAGGAGCCGAUGGCAAAUCUAUCUCCUCGCAUGGGGAACCAGGAAUUGUCAACAAUGGCGGAAUAAUAGUGGGAUACUAA